AUGAGCCCGACACCCUUUCUCGACCGUCUCCAUAAGCUUUCCGAAUUGCAAAUCUCUUCAUCGGACGUCCUCCGUGAAUUCGCCAUCAUGGCCGAACCAUCUCGUCCGUACUCCCCACACUCUCAGAGCAUCCUCGAGCAGGUGCGGAGCAUCGGCGACGACUGGGAACAACUCCCACACGAACUCCAGGCCGCCGUCAUCGACAUCCACAAUCGCUACACUCGCCCCGCGGCCUCCGCACCCUCCGUCAUCAGCGACCUGAGCCAUCUGUCCGAGCUACCGCUCACGCCGAGCGGCCUGGACCGCGCCGCCUUGGACCGCAAAUGGCGCGAGACGCAGCACCUCGUUCCGCGUCAUCACGACGUGUCCGGGCGCGACUAUGCCCAUCAGAUGCCCCAUCAGCAUCUGCACCAGCAUCAGCAGCAUCAGCAGCAGCCGCAGUCUGAGGGCCAGGCGAUUCUGAAUCGCUUGCAGCAGUCAGCACCUGUGUCUCCUCGCACGCCGCCGUCCCAUCCUCUCCAACGCACCCCGCUCCGAGUUCCCGGCGCGUGGUCUCCUGCUCAGCAGCGGACCGCCAGCGCGACCAGCUCCCCGCUGGUGCAGAGAUGGGCCCAGGAACAGCCUCAUCUAUCUCCCGCAGCGCACACGAUGCCGAGCCGACUCCCGAACUUCGUCAACCGAGAUUACUUGCCGAGUCGCCCCAUUCCCAUUGAUCUCACAAGCAACGACAACACGGAUGCCCGGCACAGGACUCUGUUCAACAGCCAAAUUCCUACCAUCCCGACUACGACGGACGCCCAGCAGCGAUCUCUGUUCAACAACCCUGUUCCCUCGAUCCCAGCCACCAUCAACAACCCCAUUGUUACGAUUCCCGGCCUCAUCAACAACCGACGCCAACGCCUCGUUGAGAAAGAGCGGGAGUUUGAGAAGGCCAACAACGAGUGGAAGACCAUGAUGCAUGCGCUUGUCGAUCAAGAGGCCCGCAUGUGGGACCUGCUGGCCGAGAGGCAGAAGAUACUGGUUGAUCUGAGGGAGGAAGAGGGUUCACCGGCUGGAGUCAAUCUCGGGGCUGCGGUUGACCUGUUGGACGGGGCGAAGAAGAACAAGAAGCGCCAUUCGAAGGCUGAGAAGAGGGCUGCUAAGGCUGCGACUGCCGCUCCGGCUCCGGCUCCGGCUGCCGCUUCUGUUGUCCCAGAUGCAUCUUCUCAUAGACCCGCGAUGGAGUAG